ACAUUCCCCGCUCUCUCAAUCCCUUCCGCUUGAUGGAAUUCAGCCUAAUAAUGGGCUCUCUCAAAUUCCACUUUCCUCAACUGGGUCUUCUCCAAAACCUCCCCAAACCCCACCCACGCUCUUCUGUGGUCACCUGCGGCCUCAGGGGCGGACCCAGAAAGCCUCUGUGGAGGAAAAGUGUGCUCUCCUCGGAAGCCAUUCAAGCAGUCCACUACUUAAAGCUAUCCAAAUCGUCCACAGGCAGAUUGGAGGGGGUUCUUAAUAGUAGAGUUAGUAGGCUCUUGAAGGCGGACUUGUUGGACGCCUUGGGUGAGCUGCAAAGACAAAAUGAAUUGGACUUGGCUCUUAAGGUCUUCCAAUUUGUGCGCAAGGAAGAGUGGUAUAAACCCGAUCUGGUGUUAUAUUGUGACAUGAUUCUAUUGCUGGGAAAGAACAAAUUGAUUGAAAUGGCUGAAGAGCUCUUUUCGGAAAUGAAGAAAGAAGGCUUACAACCCAACACAAGGGCUUUUGCUGAGAUGAUUGGGGCAUACAUACGAGUGGGUAUGAUAGAAAAAGCCAUGGAGACAUAUGAAUUAAUGAAGGAAUCAGGUUGUACCCCGGAUAGGCUAACGUUUAUGAUAUUGAUAAGGAACCUUGAGAAGGCCGGAAAACAAGAACUUGCAGCAAUGGUAAAGAAGGAAUGUGCUGAAUUUGUUGAUUAUUCCGAGAAGUUCCUUGAAGAAGUUGAGAAAUAUCGAAGGAGGCAAUCACUUGAUCUUGUGUGAUAAUUGCCAGUACCUGGACUGCAAACCUUGGACAGGUUUACUCUGGUAGUUAUAACUGGAAUGAGGCAACAUACUUAGCCAGGCUCAACUGUAGCUUGUUUAAGCAUUUGUCAACAGAGAUGAGAUGAUGAGAUCUACAGAAUAUGGUUUUGGCACUGUUGUUAGUAUGUGAUAGUUGCAGAAUUUUUAGGACCUGCCUUUGUAGGUUUCCAUGUGACUAUCUUGAUUCUUCAUUUCAUAUUAGGAAAAACUGGAUACCGUAAAUGUUUCUAGAUAUAUGCUGGCCAUGUUAUAACAGUUUAGUGUAAUUCAAUAGAUCAUUUUGGAUAUCUCUGAGGCCUCUUCUGAUUUAAAGGAACUCCGGAUUAUGUUUUCAUGCUGUA